CCUGCUAAGCCACCCAGGCACCCCUGUGGUAUUAUUCUUACUACUUUUGUCUUUUAAUUUAUGUACUAAAAGUGAUUUACAUGCCAUCAUCAUAGUAUAUAACAGUCUGUUUGUAUUUAUAUUUAUCUUUAACAGUGAACUUUAUAUUUCAUACAUUCUCAUGUCCCUGCAUAGGUGGGCCUGCCUCCAGGACCUUGGUCAAUAUUUCUGGUGCUGAGACAAGGGUAUGCUUCAGGGUUUUCAGGUGGUGGACCUAUUAUCAGGUACACAGAUGCCUGUAGCUCUCUCCAGGUCUCUGGGGGGUAGAGAGGCUCCUAACAGUUCCCUGGGCUGUGGCCUGGGUGGUCAGGACCACUCUCAAACUAUGGUGUGAGGAGCUGGAGCUGGUUUAGGGUACCUUUUCAAGAUCUGCAGUAAGACUGAGGUCAAGUGCCUACCUCCAGAGACAUAGACACAUGUGUCUCUUGGUAGGUCCCUUGGUGAGGAGGACUGCUCUCUGUGGUUCUGAAGUGCUGGAGCCAGUAACUGGGGCUGCUACAUGAUCUAUAGUCAGACUGAGGUUGGCAGGUCUACCUCCAGAGGCUCAGACAGGUGUGUCUCUAGGUGGAUCCCUGGGCAGGCAGGGUGUUCCCAGCCUGAAACUUCAGGGGACCGGAACAGAAUUACAGAGCCUGUUCAGGAUCUGUAGUCAGACAUAGGUUUGAGGGCCUGCCUUGGAUGUGUCACCUGUCUGGUCUCUAAAAAGAUAAGACUCUUGUUUAGGAGUAGCUUGAGCCUGGUCAUGGACCAAUUCAGGGUCCACAGUUAGGGUUGAGGUCAGUGAGCCUGUUACCUGGGGCAUGGGGUGGUAUGAUUCCUGGCAGGUCCCUUGGUAGAUGGUGUUGGUGGCAGGAUCAGGGCCAAACAGGGCUGUAGCCAAGUUUACAAUGUGACAGGGCUGUUUCCAAGUUAGUAGCUGGGUCCACAGUCCAUGGUCAGUGAGUUUUUUACUUGGGCAUGGGCCUGCCUUCUCAAAUGUACCUUCGGAAUCUAAAUAUUUUACAGUUAAAUGUAACAUCUACUGGGAAAUUAGAAUCUAAGUGUUAACUUCUAUGGUACAGCUCAAUCUACCUUCUGAAACACUGUGAUUCAGUAAUGUGCUAUCUACUUAUCUGAAGUCACACUCCACACUCUCCAUUCCGAACUUUUUAAAAUCUUUUCUUGGUCUUAAACAUACGAAUUCACUUUCGUCUUAUAAACUUAUUUAUUUUAUGGCUUAUCUGUAUUUUUUUUCAUCCCCCAAAAAUGGCAUUUAACUUACAGCAAAUAUCUGUUUCAUGUCAUUCAUAAUAUUUAGAUCAUUUUCAAUUCUAGCAUUCAUUUUUGGUAAUUAUCACUUGAAUUGAGAUCUUACUUUGAAUUAACUUUGCUAUUAUAAACAAAAAAGCUCUCAUAUUUCAUAAAGUUUGUUUUGUGAACAUUUGCCCCUGUUUUCAAAAGUUACAUUGGUAGGAGAAUGUCAUUUCAUUUUUGAGCUGUAGUCCAGCACCACUGUUAAUUAGGUGUGUGGGUCACUGUCCCUAAUGCACCAGAAGUUUCUACAUUUCAUGGAUCUCUCAUUCUUAUUUUAAAUUGCUUUGGGAAUUGGGGAACAAUUAUAACAACUGUUGCAUAACAAAUAUUUACUCUUCCACAUCUUUGGAAUCUGGCAUUGUUUGCUGAACCUGAUCUUAGUUCAGAAUACUGACAUAAAUACUAAGAAGAAAGUAACUGGGUCUUCUAGAAGGUGGAAAUAAUUUAUUAGUAUACAGGUGAGUCUUGAAUACCAUGCAACUGUACCUUUUCAAUCUAUAGUUAAAGCUAUUAUUAAAUACAGAUUUAAAAUGUGAACAGCAUGAGGCCAUACAGCUACUAAUUUAUUAUUAUGAAAUAGCUAUUAUUUAUUAUUAUUGUUAUUAUUUGUAAUACCUGUUAAUCCAUAAAAAAGUUUCCAUAUGCCACCUAAAUUUUUCUGAAAACACACCUGUGAGAAAAGUAAGGCAGUUAUUUUUAUCACUAUUUCACAAAUGAGAAAACUGAGACUAUAUGUUAGAAGAACCUCAAACCUAGAGCUUUUGCGUCUAAGUCCCAAGCACUUGUGCACUAGGAUAACCCUAUGCUACAUUCAUUCCAGUACUUUCAUUACAUAAAUUGGUAAAUUUUUGUAUAAGAUGACAUCUCUUUAGUACUGACUAAAGAUACUUUUUUUUAAAACUUAGAGCCUGAUGCAAAUGAAUAAUUUGGGCAUAUUAAAAUUUCCUUGAGUAUGAAUCCACAAAUGCUAUAGAGAGAAAUUUCUUAAAAGCCAAAAAAAAAAAAAAGUAAACCUUUACCUAUUCAGUCAAAAUGCAUUCAUAAUGUGUAACCACUUUGUUAAGCCACAGGUGUACAGUGGUGACUUCCUUCCUUGUGUCUCUUGUUAUCUUAAAAUGUAUAAAGUAACCAAUUUAGAUUUCUGGGAGAAGAAUAAAGGCAUCAAGACAGAUCUGGCUCAAGGUGGAUGUGAAUUGGUGAGGGAAUUUACGUCUAGGAGGGGAAGGCUUAAAGCAGGUGGCAAAAGUACUUUAAGUGGCCUAAGAUAUAUUGUCACUCCAUCUGUGUUUUUGUUUUGUUUUGGUUUUUGGUUAUUUUUGUUUUGUUUUGCUUUGCUUUGCUUUGCUUUGUUUUGUUUUGUUUUGUUUUGUUUUGUUUUGUUUUGUUUUGUUUUGUUUUGUUUUGUUUUGAAAAGAGAGGCCAGUAGGCUCUCCCAGCCCCGGACCUCAAAGGGGCUGGAUCUGAAACAUCAUCAUAUUUCCCGGUAAGUCAAUGUAUUGCCAUCUUCUUUCUGCAUUCAUGCCUGGGCUGAUGAGAUUGUUCAUGUUCCUUAUCUAAAAGCACUCCUUGAUCAUUUUCCAGGCUCCACUUUGGAAGAACUUUGAUUUAUCCUAAGAAGUAGUGUACAGUGGGUGUAGAUUCAUUUCGGAGAAAAUAGAGUAUUCUGGGCAUAUGAUUCUGUCUCAUAGCCCUGAACCUUCCUCCAUGAUAAGAAGUACUAAGUCCUCAAGACUAAACCAUUUUCCUUGUACAUUGUUAACCAAGUACAGUCAAGUUUUGCUUCUAUGACCUCAGUAUAUCCACAGAUACUGGCCAUUUUGUGUUGUUGACACAUAUUUUCUAUACAGAUUUUAAUGCUACUUGUUGGACACAGAAGUCCUGGAAAGAAAACAGGCUUUGGAUUUUGUUUUUUCCCAUUAUUAGUCAUGUGACAUCAAUCAAGUGAACUAAUUUCAAGCACAGAAUCUAGCACAUAAGAUCCUGCAAUAUAAGUUGUUGGAAUAAAUGAAGGGUUUUUUUUAUUUAAACAAAUUUAAGGUGUUUUUUUCCCUUUAGACGCUUCUUGCCUUUAGCUGAAUAAAUACACUUAGAUAUUGCUUUGAGUUUCAAUUUUCUCAUCUCUAAUUUGGAGAUUUAAUAUGCUCUCAUUUGCACCUCUGAUUCAAGUUGAAAUUUUCUAUUCUGUAUUCUUUAGAUGAUUUUUUUCUGAAGUGAGAAUGCAUCUCUUGUUUGGCUUCUGACUCUAAGACAUUAUACUCUGUAGAUAAAUCACACCUAUCAUCACACAACAGUGUGAGAGUAGGGUAGUGAGCUUAUGCUGACCUUCUCGAAACUCUUAGUCCACACGAGCCCUAAGUUUGCAAUUUUGGCUAACCUGAAAACUGGUGACAAUUAUGAAAAGAUAAUUGUGUGAGUGUGUGCACCAGUCAGUAAUUAACAAUAGCCUAAUUAAUCUAACAUUUUAAUUGCUUGUAUCACAUAUCUGCUUAAAAAAAACCUGAUAAAAUCAAACCAUAUGAUGUCAAGUUUGUAGGGUAGCCAAUAUCAUCAGGUCUAAGCACUCACAUUGUGCUUGAUGCUUCUGAUGAUCGGUUCCUUCCCUAUAAAAAGAAGUGUCAAUUUCUCUGCCUCACUUCUGGACCUUUCUAUAUGCCUGCUUCAUUUACCCUUUCAAAUAUGUUUCCCAUUAUUCCUCCACAGAAGCUCCAUGUUUGAAAAGGAGGUACUGCCAAUAUGCUUACUACUAAAUAUUGCUCAACCUGUUCUCCCUUCUGGGGUAUCCCUUCCCCCUCUUGUCUUCCACACCUGCCUCAACUUUUCUAUGUUUACAGAUCCAGCCUGUCUGAAAUUCUUCCAGCACUCUUCCUUGGCUUUUUAUUUCUUAUUAACCUACUCUUUCUGUGACACUUACAACAUUCACUCUGGUCACACAAUGCGUUUACAGUCUGUAUCUAAUUGUUCUGUAUGUAAUAGUGUUACUGUUUCUCUCACUGAAUUGUGAAUUCUUUGAUUACAGACAUGUUAUAUUUUUCCCAGCCUUACUCAGCUUGGAGCAGGAAUGAGCUCAAGUUGGGCUAUCAGUAAUAUCCUAUACAUAUUACAGUAGUCUAGCAAAAACUUAUAUUUAUUCUAUAAAAUUUGUCUUUCAAUAGUGUUAUUUUCUGAAUUGUACUGAACAGUGAGAUAUGGCCCUGGGGUUUGUUCACUGGAAAACACAAGAGGAGUAUGCUUUCGGUCAUUUUCUAGGUUGUGAAACUAGUCCCUAUAAUAAAACAAAAGAAAAUCUAUUUGGAUCAGAAACAUCUGGAGAGUCUGCCAACUCACUAUAGGUAAACUAAAGCCUUGCUACUCAAAAUGUGGCCCCAUGCCAGGUGCUUCAAUACACUUGCAGCCUAUUAAAAAUGCAGAAUCACAGGCUCUACUCCAGACCUACUAAAAGAAAAUCUUCAUUUUAACAAGAUCCUCAAGUAAUUUAUAUGCCUAUGAAAAAUUUGAAAGACUGAAGUAGUUGAUUCUUCAUUAUUCCCCCAAGGCCAAAAUUUAUGGAUACUAGUUGGUGGGAAAACAGUGUGUAGUAACUUGAGGUGUUAUCACCCCAACAGCUGCAGUGCAUUGGCAAAGAUCCGAGCUUCAAGUUCUACUGUUUUCUUACUGGUUGGAUAACUUUGGCCACAUUCUGUUUUUAACAUUUGAAAAAAAAUAGGAAUAAUGAGAAGAUUAAUUAUUUUUUUAUAAAGUAUAAAGUGCUACACAUGUAUACACAAAUAUAAGCAUUAUUACUGUUUUCUCAGGUUCACUUAAAUAAAUAAAUUAUGAAGAAUAAGUCUGAAGCCAGAGAAUAAAACAAAUGAAGAGAAAUUAUUGUUCUUCAAAGAUUCUCCAUCAGAUUCGUGCACAGCUGAUCUCUACACUGGUCUUAUAGGAAAAAAUAAAAUAGUAAGAGUGAGCUGUGACUGUGAGUUCAACCAACUGCCUUUGAGCAGAUGUUAAAUUGCUGUGUAGGUGAUUCAAUUCACUAUGAUCAAAUGUCUGCUCUAUAAAAAUGCACAAUUUGACUGAUAAGAAUGUGAUGCAAAUAUGUAUAAAAAUAAAAUUUGUUUACAGUUUUAAACAUUUCUGUUAAACACAGAAUCAGAAUUCCACUCCUUGCUGAGUUGUCUUUUGCCCCUCCCAUCACUCUCUCACUGGACCUGAAUAAAAAGGAAGUAGUCAAGUUUAUUGUCUGAAAUAUUCUAGGGCUUUCAGAAAACUCAACUUAGAGUGUCUUUGACAGUUGGAAGGUUGCUUCUAGGUAGAUAUUCAUGCAUAAGACACUGCAUAGAAACUCUAUGCCUAGUAUUGCAUUCUGUAUCCUAGUAUUGCAUUGUAGGCAUAUCCUAGUAUUGCAUUCUAAGCAUGAAUAUUUUUGAGGAUAACAGCAGAUGACAGAACUUAAAAGAAGACAGUCGAUUUCACCCUAGAGUAAUGUUAUGCAAAAGAUCUGUUACAUUUGUUGCUUGGGAGUGAAAACAUUUUAUUAGCUCUUCCUUUGAUACAUUGAAUGCUGGGACAUGGAUAGGAUAAACAAGACAUUUGUGAAAGAAUUCAUUCUUCUAGGACUCUCUGGUUACCCAAAACUUGAGAUCAUUUUUUUUUCUCUAAUUCUAGUAAUGUAUCUAGUGAUUCUAAUUGGCAAUGGUGUUUUGAUCAUAGCAAGCAUCUUUGAUUCUCGUCUUCACACCCCCAUGUACUUCUUCCUGGGCAACCUGUCUUUCCUGGAUAUCUGCUAUACAUCCUCCUCUGUUCCCUCAACUUUGGUGAGCUUAAUUUCAAAGAAAAGGAACAUUUCCUUCUCUGGAUGUGCAGUGCAGAUGUUCUUUGGGUUUGCAAUGGGGUCAACAGAGUGUUUCCUCCUUGGCAUGAUGGCUUUUGAUCGCUAUGUAGCCAUCUGUAACCCUCUGAGAUACCCCAUCAUCAUGAGCAAGGUGGUGUAUGUACUGAUGGCUUCUGUGUCAUGGCUCUCUGGUGGAAUCAACUCAAUUGUGCAAACAUCUCUUGCCAUGCAGUUGCCUUUCUGUGGGAAUAAUAUUAUCAAUCAUUUCUUAUGUGAGAUAUUAGCUGUCCUUAAGCUAGCUUGUGCUGAUAUAACCCUCAAUUAUGUUACCCUAGCAGUUUCAAAUAUGGCAUUCCUGGUUCUUCCACUGAUAGUCAUUUUUUUCUCCUAUAUGUUCAUCCUUUACACCAUCUUGAGAAUGAACUCAGCCACAGGGAGACGCAAAGCCUUUUCCACCUGUUCAGCACAUCUGACUGUGGUGAUCAUAUUUUAUGGUACCAUCUUCUUCAUGUAUGCCAAACCCAAGUCUCAAGACCACCUUCGGAAUGACAAUUUGCAAGCUACAGAGGGGCUUAUUUCCAUGUUUUAUGGGGUAGUAACCCCCAUGCUAAAUCCUAUAAUCUAUAGCUUGAGAAAUAAAGAUGUAAAAGCUGCUGUGAAAUAUUUGCUGAAUUGGAAAACUGUUAACCAAUAAAACCAAAGGGAAAUGUGAGUCUUUAGUGUAUAAAGAAUAGAAAUGGCAUCUUUGGGCAACCAUUGAGGACCUUCUUUGGGAAAGCAAGUUUAUAUAAAGAGAGAUUUUUAUUCUUUGUCUUCACUGGCCAAGUUUAGCUAUGAUUACUAAGAAUAAUAGUCUGCCGUAAACUCAGGUUGUAACAGGGUCUGAUUCGUGUUUCACAAAGACCAUGAAUUCCAUUAGAAUCUCAUCCAUGGUCAUAUCCGAAAUUAGUAUUUCUGGUGUCAUGUGUCGCAAUACAGUGAAAAACAUCACACAUAAGCUUUGGAAAUAGAGAAGCAGGAGUAUAAAUUCUACCCUAUCACAAAGUGCUUAAAUUAAUAUUGGGAAAGUUAUUUAUUCUUUCUAAACUUUAGUUUCCUUAUUUGCAAAAAGGGAGUAAUUAAACACGGUUCCCAGUGUUAUUAUAAAGAUUCAGUAAGUUGCACAAAGCACCUGGCAUAGUGCCAAGUUCAUAGUAGUUCUCUCUGUAGAGGAUGUUGAGCUUGACUUUUCCUGUUGACACAGAAUGUAGGAAUUGAAGACUCCAAAUUGAAGAUAAAAGACGCUAGCUAGCACCUCUUAAAAAAACCUUCCAGUUAUUAGGAUCAGCUAUCCCUUUCUUAAGUCUUGUUAACAUCAGUCACCACUUUUCCUUGCCCCUUCUCCCUGCGUAGCUAUGUAAAGAAAACAUCAAGAAAGGGAAAGUUAGAUCAAAGGAAAUUUUACAUCAUGAAGAACUCAGUGAAUCCUGAGAGGUGUUUCACUGCUGUCCCUGUCAAAGAGUGGGAAGAUUGUUCCAGCCCAAGCCAAUUAAAGAGGAUGCUGCAAAAGAGCCUCUUGAGGUUGGGGGUGCCUGCAAAGGAGAGCUAAUGUUUGGCUUGAUGAGUGGAGGCUUGCUGACCUUCUCUCUAGGCUGUAGACUAAGCUGAUGAAUUAGUCUAGAAAUGGCCUGGAGGAUAAUAAGCUCAUUUAUCUUAGGGGUGAAAAUAACCAGAAUUUUUCAGUUUGUGUGAAAUGUUUCUCAGGCUCUGAAAGAGGGCUGAAAUUAGUGUCUGGGAAGAGCAAAUCAUUUCAUUUUAUACUCCAGUGAAUUGAAACUCCUCAGUAAACCUAUUACAGGUUUUCCCCCCCUUUCUGUAGACUUUCCUGCCAUGUUGAGCACAGCAUACCAUUGGGCCACAUCACCAGCCAUUGUGACCUCUGGUUUCAGCCUGAUUUUCCUAUCUAAAUUUUCUCUUUCCUAUUGGUUUUAGAGUCAUCAUAUAGCCCCAGGCCUCCUAGUUUGGAGCUGUACUCUCUGCCAGUCUACAUCUUGGAGAUAAAUCUUGAUUUUGACCUAGUAAUCUGGUCACUAAAAUCUUGCUGCCUGUCUGUUUCCAGUCAGAGUAUUGUCACUGCCAAUAAACCUCUAAACAGUGGGUGCUGCUUUUGAUUCUAUUUAGACAGGCGUGUACCAGACCCUGUGGGUGAGGCUUUUUAACCUCUGCCCACUCCCACUGGGAUGAGCCCUGUAUUUCAGUCUGAUCCAGGUUUAAUUCUUUUCAGGUUUUGACCUCUGCCAUCAAGGUUUUAGGCACACUUCUGCAUGUACAACGAUGUCCUGCUUCCAGUUGUCCCAGGCAACUCCUUAGCACCUCCUUUUCCACAAUAGGAAGGGUACUAGUGUCUCAUAUGCAUGUUUAUAUUAGAUUGUUUGCUUUACUUACAAAAACUGAUUCUAAUUUACAUUGGUAUGUAUAAAGUUGACACAGUGUUACCUCAGUUUAGAAGUUCUGCUCUGAUGAAUGCUUAAAGUUAACAGUUUUAAUACUAUCUGCCUGGGGCACUUGAGUGACUCAGUUGGUUAAGUGACCCUCUCUUGAUUUCACCUCAGGUUAUGAUAUCAGGGUUUCAUUAGUUUGAGCCCCACAUCAGGCUCUGCAUGCUGACCAUGAAUGGAA